GCACUUUGCAGGGAGAAGACACAUCUAGAUGCACAGGCUGAGGUUAGAAGUAAAAGUUACUGUAUUUGAUCACAAGUGUGUUAAGAUGUCAGAGGGAGUCUAUAAAAACUCAGAUGGAUUUGAAGACGAUGAGCCUGAUGCAAUGAAGAACACAGACAUUGAUGACCAAAUAUAUACCAAUGUAAGAGCCUUCAUGUCCAGUCCAAGAGAUGGAGUUGUUGUUUCAGUACAUUUUCAGUGGUGGAAGAGACCCUCUGGAGUUGCUGCAGUGUGUCUGGGGCUGCUGUGUGUUCUCCUAUUGGCUGGGAUCAUAGGCCUGUCUGUCUACUAUGGAGUCAUUGGUGAUCACGACUCAACAGAGAAAGACCAGCUACAGACCAGAUACAACAACCUGACUAAAGAGAGAGACCAGCUACAGACCAGUUACAACAACCUGACUAAAGAGAGAGACCAGCUACAGAAAGAGAAAGAUGAUGUCAUGUCAAAGUCAUCUAAUCUGAAACAAACCUGUCCAGAAGGCUGGCAUAAGUUUGAAUCCAGUUGGUACUUCCUGUUUACUAAGGCUAAAACCUGGGAGGAGAGCAGACAGGAAUGUCUGGAGAGAGGAGCAGACCUGGUGAUCAUAAACAGUGAAAAGGAACAGAAGUUUCUCUUCAACCUCAACAGUAGUUUUUGGAUUGGUCUGACUGACUCUGUUACUGUGGGGACCUGGAAAUGGGUGGACGGAAACCCACUGACCACUACAAGAUUGACUGUUAUAACUACAUCUGUCUGCUGGAGGUUCUGAAGGAUGGAAGGAUCUACGUCUGUGGCUCCUACGCCUACAAUCCCAAGUGUGCUUUCAUAAUGGAGUGCUGUACACCGCCUCCCCUUCUAACUUCCUGGGCACGAUGUUUGACAUCACCAGGGCAACAGGUCAAGAGGUGCACGUGCAUCAGUCCAUCAACUGGCUCAGUGUUUGUUGUUCCCCUGAGGUGAAGGAGCUGCGUGUGAAGAAGGGCCUGGUGGUCCUCCUCCCCUGUGACCACCCCCACCUCUCCCCUCUCCCCUGCGUCUGGGAGCACCCCCAGGGCCGCCACACCCUGCAGCACCACUCCCACCUGGAGGUCACCGUCUCCGGAUCCAGCCUGGGCCUCUACUCCUGCCACUGCCUAGUCCAGGGUAACAAAUCCUUGGGUAGUGAGGCCUGCCUCACAGCCUCUUUCCAGGUGAUCAUGGAGAACCCCAGUAUCGAAGGCAGAGUGGGCCUGGAGGUCGUUGGUAGGGGUAUACAUCUCCUAUGUCCUGAUGGGGGCUGGUUGGAGCUUCAGGAGUCAUUGUGCUCCUGAAGAGGCUGUGCUGGUGAGCGGCCCAGCACACCUCAUUGGAGGACACACAUGGGAGGGGAGCCAAUCAGGGACAACAGGGGCAGGGCCCAACCUGCUAUGAGAAUCAGCUGGUGAUGAGUGGCAUGCCUGUCAGACAAUCAGGGCAGGGCACUUUGUGAAGAGAUUGAAUUGAGUGUUUUUCCAGGUACCACUUACAGACUUCUCUCUCUGUCACUCUAUUUGUUUGUUUCUUUCUCUGUCUCUCUCAUUGUCUCUAUUUCUGUCUCUCUCUCUCUCUUUCUUUGUCUCUUAUUUUGUAUCGAUUUAUGUUUUAUGUAAUUUGUAACUGGUGACCCGAUUCAGAAAACUAGGCGUAUGUCACAAGUCACAACUUGAGAGAGCUGCUUGAACUUAAACAUUUUUUUUUUAUCAAAAUGCGUUUUUGGCUAAGUAAUGCCUUCUCGAACAUGUGAACUUUCAUGUGCCUUAAUAACAAACUUGUA